GCAGCCCCGCCAAUGGCGGCUCCCGGCGCCGGGACCGACAGGCGCGGCGGCCAACGGGAAGGGGAGCUGGCGCGAGGUCGCGGGGGUGUUUCGGAGGGCCCGUGGGGCCAUGGCUGGGAGCAGGAGGAAUGUGUUCUUGGCGAAAUUACUGAAACGACUCUAUGGUGAAACUUCAUCAUCUCUUGUUCAGACUUCAAGUAGAGAAGAGGAGGUGGUUCUUGAAAAUCUUGGCUCAAAAUCUAAAGAAAAGAAUUUGGAUAAUGUUCAGAUUUCAUCAGCAGAUGCUAGCACAUCAACUAAUACACCCUGCGAAUCAUUUCAAGAUAAUGAUGAUACAGUUAUGUCUCCAAGAAGAAUUUACACAGUGGAUCUUCCUCCAGAGGGUUAUGUUACAGUUACUCCAGAUGCUCUUAGUAAUGCAGUUUCUGAAAACUCUGGCAGUAGUGCUGACUCAACAGAAGAGGAAUAUCAAGGGCAAACCAAGAGAAAGCGCAUUCGAAGGAAGAAACAAAAGAGCAGUUCACAAAUCUCUAGUAAUUUCCGUGGAGAACAAACAGAUUUGGGAAUGCAAGAGACUGUUGUUCAAGAUAAUUUACAGCUGCAGCAAACAGACGGUCCCAAAAUAAGCAAAAACAAAAAGAGGAAAAUGAAAAAGAAGCGCCAGAAAGAAAAAAAGAGAGCAGCUGGCUUAGUAACAAAAACUACCAGUGUGGAUUUUACAUAUCAGCCUGACAGAAGCAACAAAGAAGAAGCAGCAGGCUUAAAAGACUUAGGUGAAAAGGCAGAUAGCAUUCUGGACUUCCUGCAGGCAACACAACAAAUUUAUUUUACUGACAAGAAAUCACAAUGCGGAGAUGCUGCUGUAAAUUCAGCAGCUGCCCAAGAGCUCUUACAAUGUCUUGAACUUCGCACCAUCUCUUCCUCAGAUGUGACUCAUCUGCAUCGGCUGAAAUCCCUUGUAUUGCUACAGGACAUUGAGAGAUUGAAGGAUGCUUUGAAACAAUUCCAAGAACAAUCUAUGAUGUCUCCUGAUCAUGCCAAGGUAGCCACAUCUCUGUUUCACUACUGGAUUACAGAUAUACUUCCUGUGAAGAACAGGAAAUAAAGCCUUACCCAUGUAUCCAUAUGCACAGGACUAAAAUUUAAUAUACAAACUGUUAACCAAGUAGCAAUUGUUCAGGAAGAGCAGUGUCAAUACACGUUCUGCACCUUCAGGUCAAUGAACGGGUCCAAAAGACAGUAAAGGUAAAUGAAAAAAAACUCCAGUAACUACAGUGUGACUUUUGUGAUGGGUUGGUCAAGAGUAUGGCUUGAGUCUUCAGCUGCAUUAAUAUGGGAUAAGGGACUUGACUGGAAUGAUAAAGUCUCUCUCUGGUAUUUUGUUUAAGAAGUAUAGUAUUAUCUUUGGUUUGUAAGUUUAUCAUUCCUUUCUGGAAGUUAUAUUUCUUUACUUUAUUGUAUACCUGCUUGCCUGGAAAAAAGAACUAUAUUUUUUUAUAUUUAAACCUAAGUAACAUUAUGUCUGAGGAAUGUAUUUUUGCUGAAUAAACUGCUACAUUGUGGACAUAGAUACGUUUCUAUAUGUGUGUCAUGUGGGUCAUGUAGGUCCUGUUUGGAAUUACACAGAAACUUGGAUGGCAUUUUCAGAACUACUGCAUGGUUCAACCUGUUAUGAUCCAAUGGGUUUCACUGACUUCAGAGUUUUGGUACUGGGUUCUCUCUGCCUGAUUACUGUGUAAUCUGUCUACUACUGAGUAACCUUUCUGCAACUGAAUUUAUCCAAGUGUAGAUACUACAGUAAGUAAUACCCACGGCUGCAAAAUGUUUUGGAAUAAUGAAGAAAAAAGUGCUUUGGGAGAGGCUCUUCUCUCAGCUGUAUCAUUCAUCUGACAGGUGAUACAGAGCAAACCAUGUCUUAUAUCUAGGUGUUAGCUUUGUCAUCAGUAAAUAGGGGCAACAUAUUUAACUCCUCCAGCAUGUGCUUGGAGAUACACUACUGAUGAGACUAUACAAACAUUGCAUGGGGCAUUUUGCUUUGUUUUUUCUGUUUCAUUAUAUGGCCUGAUAUAUCCCGUUGCAAGGCAUUGGUUUAGUGAUGCUCAGAAUGUGUAACAAAAGUAAAAUCAUAACUCUUUCUCAUUAAUUGAAGAAAUUAAAAGGGGUUUGGUGAUACACCAAAUGAUUGCAGGUGCAGAAGAACCAUUCUUAUGGCUAGGGGAGCUCUGUGCAGCUCUGAAGAACUUGAGUUUGGUUUGUGUCUAGUAGGAAAGGUGUAUAAACCAGACUUUGCAGAGGAGAAAGCAGUAUUGUGUUCCCUGUUUUAAUGUUCCUGAACUGCUAACACACAGGCAUUGAACUGUAGCUGUGACUUUUCACUGAGAUCCUGUGGGCCUCAGUCUCACAUCUGGAGAAAGAAGAAAACGUUACUUGAAUGUGAAGCACCCAGAUACUCUUCUUAACUGACUCAUGGGAAAUGAAUCACUUCAUCCUCACUUUAAGGUUUGAAUGCACACAGUAAAUGAGGCCUAGAAACUGCAAAAAAGGAUACACAGCAACUCAUUAGGUAAACAUCAUCUGUCCUGAAACUGAACAUGAAAAAAAUGAGCAAGGUCAUCUAAUCAAAGGCAGACUUUUGAAACACAAGUACAAAAGAGAUCAAAUUAGGACCACAAAAAUAACUGUAGUGUCUGCAUUUCCUGAUACUUAAGUGACUUUGCUGAGGGGUUAUAGGGCUGCUGCCUUGAGUAAAUCCCAAGACUUGGUGAUUCCUCCUCUUUGUCCUCUGAAUUCCAGGUUAGUGUACCUGGAGAUCUGGAUGUCAGUGUAGGUGACUGCAUUUCCAGGUAGGUUUCUACAUUUCCAGGUUCAGACAGUAGCAAUGCUUAAGCACAUGGCUCAGGGACACACACACAACACUCACAUGGCUGACUACACACCCUUUGAUCCCUUGAAUAGCAGGACAGUCACCCUCCUAUCCCUGCAUGGGUCCUGGGCCCUCAUGCCUGCUCUGUUGCUCUCCUGCACACCAGUUAGUCCAGCCUGGAACACACUGUCACACGUUCACACACUCAUCUCAAAGGCACUCAUGCGCUCAUGUCACAGCCUUGUUUAUUGCUUUAAUUUCUCUAACUUUUAUGUCUCUUUCAGUGCUUGGCUAUUUCUUAUUAUUACAGAAUGGCUUCUAUUUCUCAUAAUCACAUAAAGGUCAUCAAGUUCCAGCCCCCCUGCCAUGGUCAGGGACACUUUCCACUAGACCAGAUUGCUCAAUAUUAAAGUGAUUUUUAAAAUUCAACUGAAUUGUGAAUAGCUGCAUAUAGAUGAGCAGAUUUUGAUAUCUUUGCCAAACAGAAAUAUUUUCACAGAAUCACAGAAUGGGUAAGAUUGGAAGGGAUCCCCACAGUGAGAUCUCUAGUGCAGCCUCACUGCUAAAGCAGGAUAAAAUUUUGUACUAUCCCAGUGAGUAAAAGUUCACAGGUCAAAAAGGUACUUUGCUUGAACCAGGUAAUAAUGUAUAAAAGAUUACUUUUGGUCUCUCUUUUUUUGCCUUUGCUUUCACCACUGUAAGAGCCUUAUAUUCUGUGCAGAAAUCAGCUGGCCUCAGCUUAGCAAGCCCAGGAGCAUUUUCUGAGUGUAGCCAGUUAGUCAGUGAUAUCUGGCGUUUUUGCAAAUGACCUGUGAGAGGAGCUGAAUCUUACACUUACCAAACCUGCCACAGUUGCACUAAUGGGGAUUAUGAAGAGGUUAAAGUAUGCUAAGAGUUUAGAAAAUUGGACCAAAUUCAAGAAGAUAAAUGAUAGAUUGUCAUUGUAGAUAAAUGCAAUUGCAUAAGUGUAUUUAUUUCUGAAGCAAAUGUGUCAGAGUGGUGUGCUGAACUGCAACAUGCAUGAAGACACUUAAAAGCAAUGCACAAAAGUACGCAGCAGAAAGAUCUACUUUAAAAGCCAAGAAAUGGACAUUACUCAUCAUUUAAAUUAGACAGUGUACUAAAAAUGGCAGCACGUGCAUAUUUGACCUAUUUGCACUCAAAAAAUGUCAUACAUCACAGUUUUAAUACCUAGUCACUCUUCUGCGCUGCUUCUCUAAAGAAAUGGUGCUCAAUCUCCUUACAGUUUCUCAGGUUUAGUUAAGCAGUGGUAUCACAAUGUGGCUGAGAUAUGAAAACUGAAAAAAUUAAAAUAAUAUCCACUAGUGAACACUGUUUUUCAUUUCACUAUACAUGGCUCCUUCAACAUAGCAAUGAAACAUUUAUCCCAAGGAUAUGGCCUUGAAUUUUUGCUUCUUCAGCAUCAUUCAGUUUAAUCAAUGUGCUGCAUCAUGUGGAAUUACUGAAACACAGAAGAGUAUUUUAAGUGGAUUUUGCAUCAGAAUACUUCUGGCUAAACUGUACAUACACUGUUAUUAGCAUAUUUCAAACUUCCGUGAGAACAGAACUUUAAAAUUUUGAGUUUAAAACCUACAUGGACUCCAAGAGUAGGAAGAAUUUAAGGAUCAAGUGGAAAGUAAUCUGCGUGUGUCUUCAGGGUUUAACUUUCUAGUUUACAUUAUUGAACAGUGCACAGUAAGUCAGGAGCAGCAGCACAGUGGGAGAGAAGCCUGCUCAGACAGGCACUGGUCCCUUACCAGCAUGCACAAGGAAGACCACCGGGGCUGAAGUCACUUGAGACAUCUGUAGUAGUUUAUAAGCUGGUCAGUGCACUUGUAUGCAAGGGUAUGAGUUCAAAGCCAUUAUCUCUAUAUAUAGGUGUAUGUUUUAUUCUUAAAAUUGCCUGUAAGACUUAAUUUUUCUCCUUUGUGGAUAUAUAAUAUGGGAAUCAAUCUCUAAUGUUACAGAUUUUUACUGCUUUGUAAUUGGUGCAAUAUUUUAGGUAGUGCUUUACAGUCAUGUAGGUUAUAAAUUCCCUAUUGUGUUUUCCAUGACAGCUGGCUUUUCUCUUCUGCACCUGUGUAGGGAGUUACCACUCAGUAGGCUGAAUGUCUGAAAAACAUUUGGGGGGAAAAAAUAGCUUUAAAAAAAACUAAAAAAAAAAAUGCAAAGAAGGAAAAAGUGGUGAAUGGCAGCAUGAAGACAGAAGAUUUUUAAGCUGUCUUUCACCAAAGAAAACUUAUUUCACCUACUGAUAAUACUAUGGAUGUCAUAAAAACAGUCCACAGACGUGGAGUGAAAAGAGGUAUGUGUUAUGCAUGUACAGUAUGCUACACAUUGGGCAUAAUAGUAGAAAGUGGUAGUGCAAAAGAUGGCAAUCUGUAGGAUUGGGAAAAUGUAUUAUAUUUAAUAUUUAGGGAAACCUCAGGUUUUAGCUAUGCAUGUUUUGCAGUUAAUUGCAUCAGCCCUGGAUUGCUCCUAAGGAGGGCUGUAUUGCACGUGUUUAUGCAGCUAAUAAAGCUUCACUUUUUUUACUGCUUUAUCCUCUGCAUUGCAUCUGAGUAAAUUUUGUUUGUUGUUUUAAACUGUUCAAUGUAUGCAGGCCUAAGGGGAGGGGGGGACACGUAUUUUAGAAAAGCAGAAAUUUAGAUGCUGUAUUUGUUUACUGUCUCUAAGAAUCUAGGGAAAAAACUAUAUAUUCUAUGAUUAUUUGAAACUGCAUAUGCACCAUAGUCAGUGAAGGUCAAAUAUAUAGCUUUAAUAAGGCUGUUCUCUAAGUUGAGUGCUUAACUUUGUAUAAUUAAUAGUCUGUAGUCAUUUUAAUGAACUCCAUGCUCUGGUAAAGUGUAUAAGCAAGCUGUAAUUCUCUUUUACAUUAUUACUGCAAGGCUGUGUCCUGUUUUAGGAUACAUAAUGGACAAAAAAGAAGUGUAAUCUAAGAUUGAAGAGGAGUACACAAGGAACUUUUCUUUUGCAUCAACUCUAGGCUCCUAUAGGUUUCAUCAAAUAGGGGCUGCUUUUCUUCACUUUAAAGGUCUUUGCCAGUCCUCUCCAUCCCUCAUUGAGUGCACAGAUGAUUCCUCCGUCCCUGCCAGCCUCUGGUAAUAAUUUCCAUCACCCAUUUGCCAUACUUUCAGAUUUGCACAUUUGUGCUUUUUCCCCACGGUGCUUUCCACAACUGUACAGCACAAUCUUUCCAUUGUCUUCCUUUCCUUCUUUAAAGCUCUCUUUUGCUGUGGUCCUGCCCAAAACCUUGGCCAAAACCCCAAGCCUGGUCAGUAAGGUGCUAGGACAACUGCCUGUUGUGCUGACUAAUGUUGCCUUACUGUCUGUGUACUCCUACAACCAUCUCCCUGUUUUCUCUGCUGUUUCCUCCUUUCCUAAUCAGUUGCAGUUUGAUGCAGGGUUUGCCCUGCUGCACAGCACCAGUGCAGCCAGUUCUGUCACCUCUGAGAUGACAGUAUGCUCAGGAAAUGCAAUAGACCUGUCUGCAGUGGAGAACAUGCUUGAACCUGUGGGCAAGGCUGCUGAUAGUUUAAAGUGGCUUCCUAGUUUUAUAUUGCACACGUGAUCAAUAUGAUAAAAUGGGGACCUGGUUCUCCCCAGCAGGUGCUUUGGAGGCAAUGUUCUUCUGCAUCUUGCUAAGGAGAGCUUGGAGGCAUGCAGUCAUUCCUCCUGACUUCAGAUGUCUUCAGUGUCUAUGGCUUUUCCCAUCUGAGCUGCCUAUCCUAAAGAACUUCCUAAUCACUGGGAAUAAAUAGCUGGGUAUAACUGACUGCUGCUAGACACCUAUUUUAGAAUUGGAACAAUGGUACCAAUGGGAGAACUUAGUGCUUUGUGUUGACUGGUAUGAAAGCAUGAAUAGGUUAGUCAUGAAAACAUCUGCAUUGCAGGCAGAUGGGUCUGGUUAAAACAAAAAAAAAGAAAAAAGGAAUGAGAAAAAGAUCAUUUAUUGCACCUGAGAAAAGGACAGGAAUGUGCAUGUUGCAUGGCCAAAGCAUCACUUACUCCUGACACUGGUCUGGCAGUGGCAAGCUCUUUCAGCUUGCACAGGGCCGUGACCCCCUCUCCUUGAUGCUUUCAUGUCUUUGUGUUGAAGCUACUGCCUGGGAAUGGUGAAAAGGGAAGGGAGAAGAAGAGUAAGGAGCUGUUGUACAGCUGUGCCUGGAGUUCACCCAACACAAGCUGAGGAGAUUAUUCUCCUGUUCUUCUUGUUCCCUUUGUGCAUAUGAUUGUGCACAAAGCCUCCACCAUUUCUCAGGCAGACUCAGAAAAAAGUUUUCUGUAUGAUUCAUUCCUCCUCCCAGUGACAAUAAUCAAGUGGAAGUGACUGUAAAUGCUCAAAGAAAGAGUAACCAUUGCUGGGAAUAUCAAACUGAUCAACCAUUACCUGGAUUCUGCAGAAGAAAUCAAUACCAAAUAUGGUUUCUUGAGUAUCACAGGUGUAAUCACUGAACUCUGUAGACAUAAUGAUAACUGUUUGAUCUCUGGCAUGUGGGAGCUUAAAAUGAAGGUCAUGUUCAAAUCUGAUUGGAAUUCAGGGAAAGCUGCUUGGCUUAUUACCAUGGCUAUAGUGCUGGAUUCUAUUUACAUUAGUAAACAGUUUAAAAUACUUGACAUGUUAUUCAAUUAAAUCUGUGAUUGCAAGCUGACAGACCAAAGUUCAUUGAUUUUUCCAACCACAUUAAACUAAGUACAUGGCACAGCGUUUCAUUUAGCCUGUCUGCUUAACCCUUUCACCUUGAUUCAAUUACUCAGAAUAAAAUUAAUGUGUAAAAUAUUAAAUAACUCUAAAUUUCUAAAUUAGAAGGCAUUGCAAGAGUAUGUUCAUCUCGAUGGCUUCUGACAUACAUUUAUUACUGUAUGAUUUACAAUUUGCUAUGGAUCACGUUGUUAUCCAGAUGGCAAAAGUCAGUCAGAAAGUUUUUUUCUAUACUCAUUCAGUAAAUUGAUAGAUUCGUGGAAAGUAAGACUGAAAAGGACAUGAGAUUAUCUUCUCUGACCCCAUCUAGAUCUCUGGUCAUAAAUUUUCCCUUUACUUCAGGGCAAAGACCAGUCUGACAAAGGCACAAUUUUUGGUUUUUGCUAAAGCAAAUCAUGUACAGAGACAGGCCUGCUUUUUCUAAGGACAUAAGGAAUGAAGACUUAGCCCCUUCUUUAGUCAUUUAUUCCAGUACUCAAUCACUUUCAUGCUUAGAAUCAUGUGCCUUAUUUUAAAUUUCAGUUUGUCUAGAUUUAACUUUCAACCAUUAGUUCUUGGUAUGCUUUUCUUCAUUAGAUUAAGUAGUCCCUCACUAGCCACUACUUUCUGAGAAAGUUUCUGAACACUGUUAUCAAGCUGCAAGGCAACCUUCUCAUUGACACCGUAACUAUUAUCUCUUUGAACUCUUUGAUUUAAAGCCUUUUCUAUAGCUUCCACCUUGGUUUUGUGCCUCCCUCAUACAUUCUCUCCUUUUUUUUCCCACUAAUUAGGAAACAAGCCUGCUGGAACUGAGCAUAGAAACUUAGCAUUCAUUUAAAAUCUCGCAAGUACCAACUUUUGUAUUCACGGUUUUGGAUCAACCUCUUGACAUAGGAUUGUACAGGAAGUCCACUUAAAUUAUUUUUAAUGGUAGACAAGUACUCAUGACAUUUAUUGCUAUCCAGGAUUUAGUCCUUGGUGCCAUACUUCAUGUUUGUAAAGGUUAGUCUUUCUGUUAGGCUGUAUUGACUUCAAUUUUUUGUUUAGUAUGUGUAGAUUAGUAAAUGAUGGAUCAUUUUGUGUGCCUGUACUGCUUUCAUUAGUAUUGACUACCUGCUGAUCUUCAUGACAUCUGCAGAUUUUAUCAGCAAUGAUUACAUUUUCUUCCAUAUCAUCAGUAAAAAUGCUAAACAUGUUCAUUCCUAGUAUUAAUCUUCAUGGGAUUCAGAGAGAAAUAACAUAAUUUAGUCAUGAUUACACAUCUGUACCUUCUUUUUGAAAACAGAAAACUGAAAUAAUUUAGUGGAUUUCUAAUGUAUUUAACAUGUAUUUAUUACAUUAUGUCCUUUUGUUUUGAUCAGAAAGUCCUGUGGCACUAGCUGUAAUAGUUGUCAACAACUGUAGUUUCUUCAGUUUUCUACAAAAACAUGAUUUAGUGUUUUUCAGAUAAGGAUAAGAACCCAAACUAAAGACACUGAACAAAAAAACCAAAAACCUCUAAAAUUGUGUUUUAUAAUAUGUUUAGGGAGAAGCAGAACAGUUGAAAAAUACUCAAAGUAAAUAGCCUCUCAGAUUUAUCCUAGGUGUUUUCAAUUUGUUGCUCUGCGGGGAAUGAUUUGCAUUAGUUAAGAAUGAUGGUUGUGUAAGAUUCCUCAUUUUUAAACAUCAAGGGAACAUUCAUAUUUUUUCCUUUUUCCUGCAAGGUGUGAUCCACAGUUUCAGUUACAAAGGUGUCUAUUGUUUGUAUUAUCUGUUGUGUUGCAUUUCUUACGACUGGUAAUUAAAGAAAGAUCUCUGCAACGAGUUCAUUAACUGCUGAUGAAUAAACCAGAUUUGAGAUGUA